UUGAUUGAAUGUUCGUUGAGCUAAUGCGUGACGUCGUUGAUUUGAUUUGCAGGUGAGAACAACCCGUUUCAGUACUUGGAAUACAGAAGUCUGAACAUAGAUGAGCAAGUGGUGUCGCGUAUUAUGUGGCUCAUCGAUGACCCGAAACACUUCCAUAAAGAUGUUACAGAAGUGUGCUUCAAGUACUUCCACGGUGAAGACGGAAUAGUGACGGCGACAUCCCCGGUGGUUCAGGUUCACAAUCCGUUUGCGAGUGUUGCUUCGUCGGCGUCGCCGAAGUCGCGGGACUCGCCGCCGAUCGUGGGCAGCGGAGACGCUUCUGAGGCGCCGAGCGUCGACACGGCGUCGCAAUCCGGAUCCGGACGACAGUCGGUGGAGAACGGGCUGGAUUCGCUGUCGGACUCGGACUGCGUCGUGCCUGUCAUCGUUGGCUCGACAGCUGCGUCAAAGGGACCCGCGGGACGCAUGAAGGAUGGCGACUUCGCGUGGAUAACCAUCACGGAACUGCAAGCCGGUGGUCUGCGCAAGGGCGUGCUGUUUAGUCCGUACCCGUACGUGAAGUUCAGCGUGAAAUCGAAGCCAGAAGACGGACCCUCGACGCUGCCGCAUCACGGGCAAGCAAAGCGGUCGUCCGUGAUUAAUAACACUACAAAUCCGGAUUGGACUGGCCAGGAAUUCACAUUUUUGAUGGGAUCCGCGGACGUGCUUGAAGUUGAAGUCAAGGAUAAGACGACGAAGCCGAAAACUCUCCUAAAUCGUAUAUUGGGGAAAACCACGAUUCCUGUGCGAUCGAUUCAUGAAAAGGCUUCCAAAAUACUGAAUGACUCCUCCAUCUUCUACAGCAACAAGCCAACGGAGUUCGAGUUUCCGCUCACUUCAUCGUCAUCAAGCGACAACGUCACCGGGAAACUGCGUUUCAUGGUUCAAGUUACUAAGAGUCUUUCAGGCUGGUCCAACGCCAGCUGUCCGUCGUCGUCUUCGUUAUCAGAGCUAAGCGCUGCACGAUUUUCGUCUGGCUCUUCUGAAUCUUCCGCUUGUGGCUCAAACCCUACGUCUCCCGGCGGCUUAAUUCUAACCCCAGCUUUGCUCCAGACUCAAGUUUCUACCGUGGAAUCGGAUGAAACACGAUUGAGGAAUCGUGCGGAUUCCAAUGAAGAUCCUCUUGGUGCACCACCGGCUCCUGAACGACCUAGUUCUGCAUCAAAAUUACAGUCAGCCAAUCUAGUCAGUCCUGUGGGCAGUCCAAUCUUAUUCAGACGCCAGACGAGUUGGAGGGAGAAAUCCAAUAGUGCUGGACAGAACGACGCCAUCUCCGUCUCUCGCAACAAGGACGACCUGAGCGUUCUUCGUUUGGGAACCUCGCCUGUCGUUGGGUGUGAUCUUAUCUCCAGUGACGUACCUCAGUCCGAAGCCAGUCCGCCGAAGCUAUUGGAACCCCGUGAUGCAGCAGCACCGAUGGAAACCCCGGGCAUUCGUCUUCGUCCGGUGCGCGGCGAAGGUGCAUCGCCGGCCAAGCAUCGGCCGGAGUCCGACUACAUGCCGCUCUGGGAAAAUUCCAGCGGACAGGCAUGCCUCGUGCCCCAAAAGUUGGAAGCCAUGAAUGUCGUUCGAGAAGAGAGUGGGUGUGACGAGGAUUCGCCGCCUCCGUUGCCGCCACGAUCCGCGAAGCCGCCGCCGGUGACCAGUGGCGGCCAGUCCCAAACGCGAGUGCACAAACCUCUGGAGCGGUUGAUGGCUGUGCCGUUUUCUUCAGGACCUGGCUCAACUCCGACGAAGAAAACCAACCGACCGCCUCCGCCGAUUCCGAAUGUUGGUCUAAAACCAAAGCUUCCAACACCGACCAAUACAGACGCACCUGAAAGUUUCCCGGAUCCACCGGGAGUUGCGCCGCCUUUGCCAAAGAAAUCCGCGCAUGUCCGAAAUGCCAUUCUGCCUGCUCCAUCGGUGUCCUCUUCCGAAGAAUGUCAACAUCUGGAAGAUCUUUUUGCUUUCCGUAUCAUUGAUUCUGAUGAGGGAUCAACUGGAACGAUUGGACCGCCGGCUUAUGAAAAUCAAGUCCAGGGAAAUUCGCCAGUGAUGGAAACGUUGUUGCCGGGUACCGUGGGUGCUCCACUGGCGUCUCCCGAGUCCGAUUCCAGUGGUACCGUGGAAUCGAUGCUCAAAGACUUCGAAACAUUUCUCCACGCAAGAAUCAGUGAUGUGGGGCAGCAUCCAAGAUCGAGGAACUCGUGCGACAGUGGCAAUGCUUCGAGUGAUAAUCUUUGUAGCUCCUUACCGCCGAGAAAUGCGCAGUCGUCCAAUGCUAAUGCUCCAAUCUCCGUCACACCCGAAUGUUCUCGCACACCAAGUCCGCAUUCCGAUCGGCUUUUUUCGUCUGCAACUCCAGCUUCGAAUACACUGACGAUGCCGGCGAGGAGUAAUAACCCGUUGACCCCGUCGCCUACCUCAGAAAGUGGACAUUCCGACAGCCAGGAAAGCGGUUUAUCUGGAUGUCGCACGGAUUUUUCCGCCACGAGCGAAAGCAGUGGGGAAGACUUGCUUCCAAAGCCUCUUCCUCCGCCGCCGCCGAACCAAGCGUUGCCGCCCCCGCCUCCUCCGUUAGCUGCCCCGGUUUGUCCUCCUACACCGACGCAUCGACCAAAGAUUUCUCACGCGAAAGCAGCCCGGAACGUGCACGUUUUCGUUGAGCGCGAAGAAGAUAUUAGUCCGCCGCCGAGACCGGUUCAACAGCAUCCAGCUUUUCCAACAGUUCCGACGACGGCAUCGACGACCCGAUUGCCUUUGCAGCCGAGGAUGAGACUUCCUGAACCCGAAAUCAAAGACGAACCUCUACCUGACCAUUUUGAAGCUCGUGUGGACAGUCACGGUCGCGUGUACUACAUCGAUCAUGUGAAUCGGACCACUACAUGGGUACGUCCCACUUGGAACAAUUCACGGAAAUCUCGCUUACAGGUCGACGACGAACGGCGACAGUUGGACAGAAGGUACCAGAGCAUUCGGAGGACGAUGACUUCAAGGAUGGAUGAAGAGGAUUCGUCAUCGUCAUCCUCGAACAGCGGCGGAAUGUUGAUUCUUACUUCAAAUUUGAUUAAUACCUCCUCGUCUGAUGGCGGUGUCCCCGCUGCAUCGAUGCAGUCUGGCCGAGGUCAGCGUCGAUCGGAGAUAGCCAUGAGUGCGCUACUUUCAUCACCAGGCCUGAGAUUUCUUACGCGACCUGAUUUCUCAUCUGUUCUUCUGGCAAAUCCAGAUGCUCGAGAAAUAUACAUGUCGAGUGCGUCGUUGAAGCAUAUGGUUUCCCGAGUGCGACAGGAUUCAUCAUAUUUCCAACGCUAUCAUAACAUGCGUGAAAUGUUCACGUUCAUUAAUAUGUUCGCUGAAACGUCCAAGGCUCUUCCGGUCGGCUGGGAAGAGAAGAUGGAUGAAGUGCACAACCAAAGAUUUUUUGUGGAUCACACCAACAAAACUACAACAUUCAUUGAUCCCAGGCUUCCCCUGGAGGGAAUCGACGUUCGACCCGUACUACGGCGAAGAAGCCGCAGUUCAGGAGACGAAGAUCGCAACCCUCCAGCGCCUCCCCCACGACCUCCGAUGCCGUGUCCGGGUGCAGCUUCUAAUGGAAAUGCGAGCAAUUUGCCGGUGCCCACUGCUUAUUCGGAUCAAAUCGUCGCAUUCCUGCGGCAGCCGAAUGUGAUGGAUGUGUUGGCGGCGCGUUAUGCCCCGCUCACUGUUCCUCCCCCGAAUCCCCUCUGGGACGAAAUCAUUGAAAUCCGUAGCAAAGGACCCGUCGCUCUCGAAAAAUACCAAAAUGACAUAAAUCUGAAUAUCAUGCUCAGUUUGUUUGAAGAGGAGAUCAUGUCGUUCAUACCCUCACCGUCGUCGUCGGCAGCGCUAACUGUUGGAAGAGCCGGCAGUGAUGUCGGUCAGUCGACAACUUCACCGAAUGUCAGCAACGUUACGCCAGCAUCUGCGCGGGGUUCUGCGACACCUUAUAAGCGUCAUUUCGAAGCGAAAUUGCGAGAAUUUCAUCGGAAACUGGAGUCGAAAGGAUACGGCCAAGGACCGGGGAAGUUGAAGCUACAAGUCCGACGUAACCAUUUACUCGAAGAUGCAUAUUCGAAAAUUAUGACCACUUCGAAGAAGGAUCUUCAGAAGAAUCGGCUUUGCGUUAACUUCAUCGGGGAAGAAGGGUUGGACUACGGAGGACCAUCUCGAGAGUUCUUCUUCUUAUUAUCACGAGAGUUAUUCAAUCCAUAUUACGGACUCUUUGAGUACUCUGCGAAUGACACUUACACAGUGCAAAUAUCUCCCCUGUCUGCAUUUAUCGAUGAGCAUCGCAAUUGGUAUCGAUUCUGUGGGCGGGUUUUAGGUCUUGCCCUGAUCCAUCAAUAUUUACUCUACGCUUUUUUCACUCGUCCAUUUUACAAGCUACUGUUGAGGCUGAGCAUGAAUCUGAGCGACUUGGAAUCUCUGGACAGCGAAUUCCAUAAAUCUGUCCUUUGGAUAGCUGAAAACGACGUGGAAGACAUGGACUUCACUUUCUCUGUUUGCGAGGAAGUUUUUCCGGGAAAUGUUGUUGAGAAGGAGCUGAAACCGGGUGGGAAGAAGAUCGCAGUUACUCCAAAAAACAAGCUUGAAUACAUAGAGAAGCUGGUCAACUGGCGGAUCGAACGUGGAACCGUGGAGCAAGCGAAGAAUUUGCUGGAUGGAUUUUACGAUGUGAUAGAGCCUAGGCUGGUCAGUUGUUUUGACGCCCAGGAGUUGGAGCUAGUCAUUGCUGGAACGCUGGAAAUCGACUUGCAAGAUUGGAGCCGGAAUUCUGAAUACAGGUCCGGUUACCACGAAGACCAUCAAGUGAUAAAAUGGUUCUGGGCUGUUGUGGAGAGCUGGGAUAACGAGCGCCGGCUACGACUAUUGCAGUUUGUUACUGGAACGACCAGCGUUCCCUACGAGGGUUUCUCAGCGUUGCGUGGGUCGACUGGUCCCCGUCGGUUCUGUAUCGAAAAAUGGGGCAAGCCUAUCUCACUUCCCAGUUUUUUGGAUAAUUCCAGAGCGCACACUUGUUUUAACCGACUCGAUCUGCCGCCAUAUACCUCUAUUGAGAUGCUCCGUGAGAAGCUCUUGUUGGCGAUAGAAGAAACAAACACGUUGAGCAUCGAAUGA